AUGCGUUACUCGUCGAGGCCGCUGCUGCUCCUCGCUGCGGCAGGCCUGACUUCGGCUAAGCCUUACCCCCGUGACAGCUUCCACGAUGCAGGCUUCUCGUAUCUCAUGCCGCGCGCCUGCGACUCAUACUGCGGCGCCGAUAACCAGUACUGCUGUAAUUCAGACGAAGUUUGCACCACCUUGGACAGCGUCGCUACCUGCAUCGCCGAGGGCAGCUAUGUCGGCGCCAUCACCACCACCUGGACCGAGACGAAGACUUACACCAGCACCGUCAUGACGCUGUGGGACGCUGCCCCCGAGGCCACUGCGGGCGUCGACUGCGUGCCUCAAAACUCGGCACAAGAAGCCUGUGGUACCAUCUGCUGCGCCGGAUGGCAGACGUGCGCCUUCACCGGCCAGUGCUCUGCUAAGUCUGGUAUGGAAGAUGGUACUACCGUCGUCAUCACCUCCAACGGAAAGGUCACCACCCAGUACUCUGCCCCGUACCGAGUCACCGGUACCACCACCAUCACCAGCGAGGGCGUCCGAAGCGAUACGGUAUCCGAGACGGCCACCGCCUCGACUUCCACUGCGACCAGCGACAGCGACACCAUUGGCGCCGGUGGCGGCACUGGCAGCAAUCUCAGUGGCGGAGCUAUCGCCGGUAUUGUCAUCGGAUCCAUUGCCGGUGUCGCUCUCCUGCUGCUUCUCUGCUUCUGCUGCAUUGUCCGCGGACUCUGGGUCGCCAUUUUCGGCAAGAAGAAGGAUGAGAGCCGCGAGCGCGUCGACAUCGUCGAGGAGCGCUACUCCCGCCAUGGAAGCCGGCCCGCCACGGUGCACUCCCGAAGGGAUUCACACAAGGGCUGGUUCGGCGGCGGUGGCGGCCCCUCGUCUGCCGGUUCUCGUCGCGAGAAGAAGAAGGAGUCCAGCGGCAAGAAGUGGCUUGGCAUCGCCGGCCUUGCUGCCACUCUCCUGGCCCUUCUCAACCUCCGAAAGGACAAGAAGCCAGCAAGCAAGGGCUCACGCUCAUCCCGAGGCUCAUCGCGGUACAGCGACUCAUAUUACUCAUACAGCGAUUACACAAGUCCCAGCAGCUCAAGCUCUGGCGGACGCACACAACGCACUCGCCGGACCCGAGACAGUCGGGCGAGCCGCGCAAGUCGCGCGAGAUCAUACUCCAACUCGGAGCGACCUUAA